AACAUCAUCAGAGCCUCCUAAAGCCUGACAGAACCUUUUAGGUGGACCCAAACCUGAUGGUAAAGCACACGUUUGUGUUUGUGAAUAUGGAAGGUGGUACGGGUGCACACAGUGUGUCAGUUUGAACCAACUUAUUGCACAACCAUGGUAAGAGCUGCAGUGACCAAGCUUCUCUUCCUCGUGAUCCUCGUCUUCAUCAUCUGCCUGCCAGAGUUCUUCAGAAUAUCCACAGUGUCGAAAGUGGAUUUCUUCUGCCUUCCCUACCGACACUGUGAACAAAGGAACCGGUUAAAGAAGGGGGAAAGUGGAAGGCCUGAAAAUGCUGAAGGAAAGAGAAAAGACAUUUGUGAUCUGUCUCAGACGGCAGAUGAUGAAAAGUGGGAGCGGCUCUGCACGCAAAACAAUCAAAACAAUUUGACAGAAACGUGGGAAAUCAGCGACGAUCCAAAAAUGAGCUGGUUCGUGUGUGAAACAGACACAAACAUGGAUGAACUCUACGGCAGGAUCUCAGCUUCAAGCGUGAAGAUGCAUUUUGAGGCAUCGGUCUGGCUUCAUCUCAACGACACAAAGAUCCUAACUGUCACUUUAAAUGGCCUCAGUAACCACAGCUCCAUUCACCCUGAAGAGGACGAAGACCAAACGGGUGACGGCGAAGGCCAGACGAGGGGUUUCUACUGCUGCCUUCCUCUCCUUCCCACGUCUAAAUCAACCAAUCAAAGCCGCUGUCUCCUUUGGCUCGCCAAUCGAACAGUUUUGACUGGAACAGCAAUGGAAAAGCUGCCAUGGAAACCAACAGAUGAAGAUGAGUGGUGUACGAUCAGGGUGAUCUGGCUGGCUCUGCUGUGUGUCGUGUUGCUGUGUGUGCUGACAACUGUCAUCAGACAAAUCUAUUUUGGAAAACAUUUGUUCACAAAACCUAAAGGGCCUCCUGGUUACCAGUUUACCAGUCAGCAGUUAAAUGUUGGUGAGACACAACCAGAUGUUACUACUUCUAAAGCAAGGACAAGACUCCAGUCAUCUGGGCUUCCUUCCUGGUCAGGACUCCCACCCAUUCAAGAAGAUGACAGUCAAG